GGAAUCCGAUAGAAUCCGAUGGAAUCCGAUGGAAUCCAAUGGAAUCCGAUGGAAUCCGAUGGAAUCCAUUGGAAUCCAAUGGAAUCCUUGGAAUCCGAAAGAAUCACAGGGAAUCUUUGGAAUCCAGAGGAAUUCAAGAUUCCAGGAUUCCGUUUUUUCCCCCUUGGGCUGCUCACAUAGUGCUAUAGGUCGAAAAACCAGUAAAAUGGUCAUAACUCCAUUACAAAGCAAUAAGGGGGUGAAUCAAGUUAGAGUAUUUCACUACUCACUAGGGUCUACAAGAUAAAAGUAGUCUGAAUCGAAAAGCUUUUUAUCACCUCGAGACGUUUCCUCGUCAGACCAACACUCAUAUCCACCCCCACAACUGAUAGCAAUCAAGAAUUUUCAUUAUGGUAAUAUUUUGAAAUGUUUAUUUAGCCAAUAAAUAAAAGUGGAACAUUUAUUGGAUUCGUUGAUAUUCGUCAUCUACACACAAGGUCGAGUGCACAUCAACUUCAUUAAGUUGUAUAAAUGUUAAUGAAGUGAAACAGUGCUAAUUGUGUACUGAAAUUAACAUUCUAACUAAAAACAGUAAUCGAUCAAACUCUUAAAAAUGAAUCGGUGCGCAUUUUAGUCUUGAAAGGUUUUUGUUAAUAAAUGAUAGUUUUCAAGCAGCUUGAGCAUCCACGAACGCAUCUUGCUCUUUCGGUUCAAUAAAUAAUUCAACUUCUUCGUCAUACCGUUGUUUCAAGCGUUAAAAUUGCCUAAUUUUAUUCAUCUCGUGAUCACUAUAAUAAUAAAUGACUUCAGUGAUUAUGGAUUUACAUCGUGUAGAAAUCUUUUUUGUAAAAGAAAUAUAGUUUUAAUAUUGCUAUUCUGAGUUGGACCAGGCUAGGCAGGCACUAUAAACUGGUUGGACGGUCCGAGCCGGACCAGGCCAUCAAAAAGUUGCCCGAUUUCAAGACCUGAUGGAUACUGAAACUAAAAUAAUUAUCUUUGUCUCUAUCUCAUUGAGCAUCCGACAAGAACCUCGUUAGUAACUAAACGGAUUGCAAUAUAACACUAAGAUGUUUUAAAUUUAUAGAUAAUAGUAGAGAAGAACAUUUAACUGUAACUAACACAAUUUUAGCUGAGUCCAAUUUUCAUUCAUAUUCUACGAAGACUGAGAAAAAAACCUAAUAUCUUAAAAAUAUUUUCUCUAGUUGUUAGAAGUCUCAGUCGUCACUCAGCACGAGCUGCUGGAAGUUCUUCUGCAAGUACAGGAACAUCUACUCCAAGUAAAAGAACUAUUGGAGGAAGAGAAAAAAAUGUUGACGAUAAACCUAGUUUAAAACAACAAUUUACAUUGACAAAUUCAUCAUCAACAUUAGAUAUGCAAGAAGAAUCAUUAUCUGAUUUGUCAACUCGUGAAUUAAAUGUAAACGAAAUAGUAGCUAUAACGAAUAUUCAAAAAAGUAUUCGAGGUUUUUUACAACGUCGUAUUACGUUUGCUCGUACAUCUGGUACAGAAAAAAAUUUAUUUAUUCAACAAAUAUUACAAUCGAACAUGUCUUUACUUAAAGCUGAUCAAAAUAAAUCAGCUUUACUUCUUUUUAAAAAUUUCAUAUCAAUCAAACCAGAAUUAAGUCAAUGUUUUACAUUUGAUAAUGAUAAUUGGAAUAUGAUCACAUAUCGAGAUUAUAAUGGAAUAUAUCAAGAACAACCAGCUAAUAAUUGGUUUGUUUUAUUUCGGUACAGAAAAAUCCGUUCAUUUGUUUUAUUUUAAAAUUAAAAAAAAACAUAAUAAUGUGAUGUUUUAGAGAAAUUUUUUAUAUUAAUGAAGAAAGUAUAAUCGCUGCUAAAUUUCUUUCACAUUUAUCAAAUACACUUUUACAU